UUCUAGCCUCAAUCGAAGAGAGUGUGGUCUGGUCUCUUCUUGGUCAAUGCCACGGUGAGGUUUUACAGUUUGACUCUGAAAGUUUUCUCUCAAGAAUAAGGUUCCGGAUUCGGAGACGAAGUGGGUUUUUGGCAGAUUAUUGUUUCAUUCAUAAGGAAUGGGAACCAGAGGAGUAAUUGGGGACAAAUGGUCCAUGAGAGUUCUCUGGGCCUGCGCAAUUGGAAGUGCAGUCAGCCUGUAUAUGGUCGCUGUGGAAAGACAAAUGCAGAACAGGGACCGAAUGAUGGCUGAAAGUUUAAAGAAUAUGGAACCAGACUCGGGAAGUGGGGAGCAAGUUUGAUUGUGGAUGAAACAUCUUCAGGGCUUCCAAAAUUUCCUUCAAAACUUUUUUUGUUUUCAGUCCUAGUAUAUGAUCUUCACUUUUUUGUAAAAGAUCUACGAAUGGUGUUUCUCUCCAGAACUGAAUUCAUAGGGGCUCUCUCCUGAGAAAUAAUUUUGUCUGUUAUAGAAGAAUGGAUAUGUUUGAUUCUCUAUAAAGAUUUAUUUAUUUAUUUAUUUA